AUGCCAUCCUCAACCUCUUCUAUCAUUCCCGAAACGAUGUUCAAUUAUUUAGCGAUCAUGGCUUCUUCGUUCAUGAUCGGAUAUUGGGUCGGCUUAGGAAAAUCUUUAGGUUAUACACGAAGCAGUUCAAAUCGAUCACCAAGUAGUGAUGAAGAUGAAGAUUCUGAUCGAAGUGAGAAUGAAGUGAUGAAUGCAAAAGCUGGACCGAUGGAGGAAUGUAAAUUGGUAUUAGUUGUACGAACAGAUUUAGGAAUGACCAAGGGUAAAAUUGCUGCACAAUGCAGUCACGCUACCUUAGCUUGUUAUAAAGCACUUCGAAAAGGAAAUCCAAGUUUACUAAAACAUUGGGAAUACACUGGACAAGCCAAGAUAGCAUUAAAACUUGAAUCAACUGAUGGAACUAGUGAAGAAGAUGAAAUGUUAUUACUUAAAGCCAAAGCCAAAAGUUUAGGAUUAUGUGCAAGGGAUAUCCAAGAUGCUGGUAGGACUCAGAUAGCAGCUGGGAGUAGGACUGUACUUGGAAUCGGGCCAGGCCCUGUUGCAUUGAUCAAUCAAGUAACACGUCACCUCAAAUUGCUAUGA